AGUCCUGCGUAAGAGAGAUGGCUCCAAUGGGAGCGGAAUUCGGAGAGCACGUGACGUUUGUUGUCCCUGGUCACGGCCAAUGAUUGGAAGGGGUGGCUGAUGACGGGCGGCGAGGUGGUUGGUGAUUGGAUGGGAGCUUUGUUUGUCUGGAAGGUGAUUGGCUGCGGAGAGGGCGCGGUGUUCGCAGUGAGUAGAAGAUGGGACAGGCGGGUGCAGGAGCAGCGGUGUGUACUGUGGGGACCGCGGAGAAAUCCUCAUGAAGACAUGGACUGGACUCAGCUGGAUGUGCAUCCUCGUAUCAUCUCCGCUGUUAUCAAGGCAAACAUUAAGUCUCCCAAAGACCUUCUUAUUUCCUCUAUUGGGGAUUUGCAGAAAGUGACUCAGCUCUCCAUUACUGACAUCUAUGACUUACAGAAAGCAACUGGCGCAGCUCUCCAGAAACAUUCAGCACUUACAGCUUUGCAGCUCUACACAGAAAAGUCCAGAUUCCCCGCACAGCACCAGAAACUGAGCCUCGGAUGUGGAGUUCUAAAUAAUCUGCUGAGAGGAGGGCUCCCCCUGGUGGGCAUUACAGAGCUGGCAGGAGAGAGCUCCGCAGGAAAGACUCAGAUAGCCCUGCAGCUGUGCCUUUCUGUUCAGUACCCAGAGACCUAUGGUGGUCUUGGAGCAGGGGCUGUAUACAUCUGCACAGAAGACGCCUUCCCAAAUAAGCGCCUCCUACAGCUGAUAAAGACUCAGCACAGACUGAGAACAGAUGUUCCGGCUGAUGUCGUUCGCAAAAUCCGAUUUGGAGAUCAUGUUUUCAUCGAGCAUGCGGCCGAUAUAGACAUGCUCAUCGAGUGCAUCACCAAGAAGCUUCCCAUCCUCCUCCUCCGGGGUCAGGUCCGUCUGAUCAUCAUAGACUCUAUUGCUGCUUUGUUUCGCUGUGAAUUUGCUGCAAAGGAUGCAGUCGUGAAAGCAAAACAUCUUCAGACGAUUGGGGCCAAACUCCACCAGUUAAGCCGAGACUUUACAACUCCUGUAUUCUGCAUUAAUCAGGUUACAGAUGCCAUGAAAGAAGCAAACUCUGUGCCGAUCCAUAUUGGAUUGGAGGAUAAAAAGAUGCUACCGGCCUUGGGAAUUUCUUGGUCAAAUCAGCUUCUAAUGAGACUCAUGGUGGCACGGACACAGCGCGAGGCUCCUCCGCCAUUCAUUGGCUGCAUUUUACGGACAAUGGAAGUCAUCUUUGCACCGCAUAUUCCACAAGCCACCUGCUACUACACAAUAGACUUGGAAGGUGUGAAGGGAGUAGAAGUACAGGGCAUGUAACUUAUAUGAAUCAAAGGUGGCCAACUGAAAGGACUAUACAGCAGAGAUUCCAAGCCCCCUAACUGAUGAAACAUUUUCUUUUUCUUUUCUUUUGAACUGGGUACUGUACCAAUGAAUAAUGCACAGAUAUCUUUUAGAAGCUUCUCACGAAUGGUUAUUGAAGACUUUUAAAGAAUAUACAUAAAGCCAUGGUGCCCCAAAAAGAAACGUUUAAUAUGUUGCAGCUCACCAAUCCUUGGAUGUGGUGGCUGCUUUAGUUUUCUUUUUUUUUUACUUUACCUGGACAAGAUAAUCUAGCAAGUAACACACUUCCUAUCUUAGGAUGGCUCCAGUCUAUGUACACUUUGUCCCAUGGGGGAUGGGUGCGGAACAAGUUUAAAAAAAAGUAGAUAAUUCUUUAAGAAUUUGACCUGUUUUAACCAAUGACUUCAUUGAUGAUCAAA